AUGCCUGAGUGGUUUACUAUCACUCAACAAUUCGUUUCAGCAUACGCUGCAGGCAACCAGGCAACUUUCAACUACACCAAUGCCGACGAAAUAGCGCGUACUGCCCGGGAACAGAGGGAAUGGCCUGCUCCGUGGGCUAACCCAAACAACCACACGACUGAGGAUUGCCUCUUCCUGGAUGUUGUUGUUCCCAAGAAAGUGUUCGAGAGUGCCAAGAAUGCUUUCAGGAUUCACGGAGGCGCAUACGCUAUUGGGAACAAGAUCUACGACAACAGUGCCGACCCGACCGGCCUCAUUAGAGCUAGCCAGGCCGACGGAAGUCCCGGCAUUAUCUACGUGAGCAUCAACUACCGACUAGGGGCACUUGGAUGGCUUGCUGGGCCGUCAUUGCAAGCUUCUGGUGGAGUAUCAAACGCUGGUCUCCAGGACCAGAGGCUCGCCCUGGAAUGGGUCCAAGAGCACAUCCACUUGUUUGGCGGGGACCCUGAGCAGGUGACCGUUAUGGGAGGAUCUGCGGGAGGAGGAAGCAUCGUGCAUCAUAUCACGGCAUACGGAGGGUUGAAACCUGCCCCUUUUGCGAGGGCAAUUCCCCUGUCGGCCGGUUGGAUCCCUGUCACCUCUCAGUAUGAGCAAGAGAACUCUACGAACAGUUUCCUGCAGUUUCUUAACGUCACUACUGUUGAGGAGGCACAGAAUUCAUCAACGGAGGAAGUCAUCUUCGCCAACGCUAAGGCAGUCGGUUCAUCCAAGUGGAUUUCAACAACCUAUGGUCCCGUCAUUGACGGAGGUCUCGUGCCGGCAUUGCCCGGAAUUUCUCUGCUCAAGGGCGAGUUUGAUCGCAACGUCUCAAUUAUGACAGGCCACGCCGCCAACGAGGGCGCAAACUUCUCCCCACCCUUCGUCGAAACCAACGACCAAAUGGCCGCGAUGAUCCGCGAUGCAUGGCCCACGAUAGAGGAGCCUGUCAUCAGCUACAUUCUCGACGAACUUUAUCCGGAACCGGGUAUCAAUCGCACCAUGCUCUAUGUUGGCGAGCUGGGUUUCGCAUGCAACGUCAACUACCUGGCUCGGGCAUUCGGGAACAACACCUACAACUACGAGUUUCGAGUACACCCAGGUGUUCAUGGUUCUGACUUCCCGUACGCUUUCUACAAUGGUCCAGAUGAGGUGGAAGGAGGUAUUUAUGUUGGCAGUCUUGGGCCUGUCAUUGUCGAUGUCGCUCGCACACUGCAGGGCUACAUUGUCAACUUCGUUAAGUCCGGUAACCCCAACGGGCUUGGCCUCCCUGAGUUCCCAGUCUCGGGCGCUAACGCAGACAUGCUGGCAUUCAACAACAGCGGCGUGAGUGUUGUUAGUGACACGACGGCUAACGAAAGGUGCUUGUGGCUUCAGAAGGAACUCUACGCUUAA